AUGUCAAGAGUGCCUUCACUCAGUGGAUAUUCAAAGGAAGAAGUGUUUGUCAAGCAACCUCCUGGCUUUGAAAACAAGGAAUGUCUUGAGCAUAUGUACAAUCUUGAUAAGCUACAGGAGGUGUCUGACAGUUUCAAUCCCAAAAAGAAGAAGAUUGCCAGGGAAAAAACCCCUGGGAAGGGUACGGGUGGCACUAAGAGAAAGACUGCUUCUUUUAUCCUUGUAGCAAUUUCUCCUACAAAAGGAAAAACUAUAAGGAGCCAGAAGAAGCAAAGUGAGGCAAAUUUGAAUAAUGCCUUAGCUGAAGGUGCCAAGAAGGCUAGUACAAGAGCAAAGAAGAAAGUUAGUGAGCCGAGUGAAGCUGUUCAAAUUGAGGAGAUGAACCUGGUUCUUCAGGACGAAGAUGAGGUUGAGGAUAUGGAGGUACCCACACCUAGUGCCAAGUCUCGAGAAAAGAUUUCUCAGAAAAAGUCUCAAGAAAAGGAGGCCGAUGAAGAAGGCUCAGCUGUGUCCAAAAGAACCAGGUCUGCUAGAAAGGGCAAGAAAGUUCAAGUUAUGGAAGAAGAUAACGAAGAAGAGACUGACGAGGAGGAGGACAAGAGUGUAACUUUUUAG